UCAAUGGCAUAUGCCUCAGUUAAACUGCUCUCUAAUUAGCUUGCCGUGAAGCAAAUGUGUUCAUGUCAGAUAAUACACUGGUAUUUGUUGAUUCCUUUGUGGUAUUUUUUGCUGGCUUGGCAUGAUGGUCAAUAACAGAUCCUUUUAAGCACUCAGGCAUGCAGUAAUGUUCUCUGAUAUUCUCUGGGGGAUGCCACCCUAUCUCUGCUUCUUCCUGCUGUCUCUCACCGCCUUUACACUAAACGGUCUUAUAAGGACAAUAGGACUCACACAUCCAUGCAGGACAAUGUUGUGUUUUUGACUUCAAGAUCUCUAGUUUUUAAAUCAAAAAGACAAUCUGGUGCUGGAAGGAUCAAUUUGGAGUACCGAAGCAGGAGGUUACGAUGGAGAAAUCCGAGAUGUUUGGCUUCUCUUUGGAGGCAGACAACAGGACGGAGGAGGAGAAAGCGCAGCAGAGAGCGGCAAGAAAGGGCGGUGGUGUGGCUUCUGCCCUGGGUUUGGGCAAGGAGGCGCCCAAGUCUCCAAUGGACACUGAUUACCAGGAGGAGAUGGAGACCCACAAGCCUGCAGUCAAGUUCAAUCCCAACUUUAACAAAGCGAUUCAAGGACUGGAGCCCAGUCCUCGAAGCACAGACGAAAGGUUUACAAUCAAAAGGUUGUUUGAAGCGGUGGCCAGCAGGGACGUCCAAAAGCUGGAUGGCCUGCAUCGGCACCUGCAUCAGAACUUGAUGAAACUGUCCGACUCAGGGUAUCAGUCUCAUGGUAAAACAGUCCUCAUGAAGGCUCUACUGCACCUCAUGGAUGGCAAGAACGAGACGGUGGAGCUUCUAAUUGACAUUUCAGAGAAGUUGAAAGAUAUUAAAAUGUUUGUAAAUGCGGCUUACACCAACAGCUACUACAAAGGCCAGACAGCUCUUCAUAUAGCCAUUGAGAGGAGGAGUCUUUCCUAUGUGGAGCUGCUGGUCAGUAAAGGAGCAGACGUCCACGCCAAAGCCUGCGGAACUUUCUUCCAGCCACAUGAUGGCCCCAACUUCUACUUUGGUGAGCUGCCUCUGUCUCUGGCAGCCUGCACCAACCAGCCCGAUGUGGUAGAAUUCCUCAUGAAGAGCGAGUAUGAACGCGCUGAUGCUGAGCAAACUGACUCUCAUGGAAACACUGUGCUGCACGCCCUGGUGGUGGUGGCUGACAACUCUAAGCAUAACACAGAGUUUGUUACCAAAAUGUAUGACCGCAUCCUCAAGACCGCUGCUGAACUGCACCACAAGUCAGAGCUGGAGGACAUCGAGAACCACAAUGGGCUGACGCCUCUAAAAAUGGCUGCCAAGACUGGCAAGAUCGGGCUUUUUUCACACAUCCUGAAACGGGAAUUCCAAGAGAGUAACACCAAACAUCUGUCGCGUAAAUUCACCGAGUGGGUUUAUGGCCCCGUCAAGAGCUCUCUGUACGACCUGGCCUCGGUGGACUCGUACCAGGAGAACUCAGUGAUGGAGAUUCUGGUGUACGGCAGUGACAUUCCUAACCGCCACGAGAUGCUCCAGAUGGAGCCUCUGAGCCAUCUGCUGGAGGAGAAGUGGAAGAAGUUUGCAGGUCGAAUGUUUUUCCUCAACCUCAUGGUCUACAUCCUGUACCUGAUCAACUUCACCGUUGUGGCCUACAACAAGAAAUCUGAAAAGCCGCCGUUUUCCUUCGAACACACCACCCUGGAUUACCUGUAUGUUUCAGGCCAGCUAGUGACAGCGCUGGCAAACUGCUAUUUCUUUGUCACAGGGAUCAUGGACAUGAGGAGGAAACAGCCGAAGCUGCAGACGUUGCUGAUUGAUGGAUACUAUGAGAUUCUUUUUUUUGUGCAGGGCGUCCUGUUCCUGUUCACAGCCGGGCUGUAUCUGUGCGGGCGGGAGGAGUACCUCAGCUUCAUGGUGAUGUGUCUUGCUCUCAGCUGGGUCAACAUCCUCUACUUCUCCAGGGGCGACAGACACAUGGGCAUCUACAGCAUCAUGAUACAGAAGAUGAUCCUCUGUGAUAUCCUGCGCUUUCUCCUUGUCUACGUCGUUUUCCUCUUUGGGUUUUCAGCAGCGGUGGUCAGUCUGCUCAUAGAGCCUGGGAAAAACACCACUGUGCUUCCGACACCGACACCGGGAAAGGGUCGUUUCUAUGUUACGGUUGCUCCUGAGGAUUGUGUCAAGCCCUCCUUCAGUAGCAUCUCCUUCACCACCCUGGAACUCUUCAAGUUCACAAUCGGUAUGGGGGACAUGGAGUUCAUCCAGGACCACAAGAGCAAAGAGGUCUUCUAUGUUCUCCUUAUCGGCUACAUCAUACUCACCUACAUCCUGCUGCUCAACAUGCUCAUCGCCAUCAUGAACAACACCGUGGAGGAGACCACCAAACACAGCACCAGCAUCUGGAAGCUACAGAGAGCCAUCACCAUUCUGGACAUGGAGAAAAGGCUGUCUUGCUGUCUGAGGAAGAGGUUUCGCUGUGGGGUGGAGAUGAACCUCAGGACUGCCCUCGGAGAGGGCCAUCGCCGGUGUUUCAGAGUGGAGGAAGUCAACUGGAACAAAUGGAACAGCAACCUGGCCAAUAUCAAUGAGGAUCCGGGGUACUGGGAUCGCGCCCAGCAGACUGCAGUGCACACCCUGCCCAACAGAGGGAGGAGCUGGAGAGGCCUUUUCACAGAGGGCGCUCGCCGGCAGCAGGAUUGUCAGUCCACAGAGAUGAGUCCUCUUAACACCUUACCGGUCUAAAGACACACCAGAGAGCUUCACACUGGCUGCCCGAACAUCAUUUACAUUUAAAGACAGCAAAGAAAUGUAACUGUCAAAAGUAUGAACUGCCUGUCUGUCUGACUGAAACUCCCGUCAGACUGAUUUUAAAUGUAGCCUUGGAGGCAUUAUUUCACUGAGCUGAAGAUAUUGUAGAUAUGUGUUCACCUGACACAACAGUGUAAGUUAGGAACAAUUAUCAAAUAUACAAAAAUACAUAAUUGCCAAGUCAUACAUUUAAUCCAAAGGCUUCUGCACAUGCUGUUUCUACUAUCACCUGAGCAGGAUGCACAUCCUCUGCACAAAGGCCAGCGCCUGCCUGUGUCACAGCUCCCAAUCUUUCAUGGAGUAAUACUGAUUACGAAAGGUGCUGAUCUCGCCCCCUCCCUGCUGUGUGCCCUUUAUACAAGUCCCAUUUUCAUCACAGCUAGACAAGCUAAAUCUACUGCAGCCAGAUAGUCCUGUGGCUUUCACAGCAUGCUUAGUCUACUCUACUUCCUGUUUCUAUUUAGCAGAGGUAAGCUCGGGUAACAUGGCAUGAAAGCAGAUGACAGUCGUCAUCUUUAGCACCAUCAGGCCUCAGUUACAAAUGGAAGGUGGUUAGGCGGCCUUUUGAGUUGUUCUCCAUUUGUAUGGCUGAUUUUGUAAGACACAUCUGUGAGAAACUUAUGAGACUACCAAUAAACCACAACCUGCCCAAGGUGUUUUAAAUUG